CUUUUAUCAUUAUGUUUACAUUAAACACUGCGAAAGGUUAUGCUAAGAAACGUUUGUAGAUCGAUGCGAGUUGUGUUAGGUACUACACAAGUCUGCAGUCUGCUCAGUGUCGACGAUGAUUGUUUGGAUACUGUUACUGUUUUUUAAUUUAAACGCGGCAGAACUCAAUGAGGUUUGCGUUACACCCAACGGAGAGCAAGCAAAAUGUAUACCUAUCAAUUCCUGUCACGUAAUUAGGCAAGCGAUAGCGUACUUAAAUCCAGAAGCUAUCGAAUUCGCACAAGCAUCGCAAUGCGGUUAUGAAAAUGGACCUCUGGUUUGUUGUGGGUCAAGUGGGCGCAAAACCACUCCAUCACCGUCGUCAACAACGACCCCCAGCGCUCAAAGCGUACCACAACCGGAGGAAAAUUUUUCUCUUUCUCCUUUGGACGACCAACAACUACCGGACGGUACAUUGUGCGGAAUUCAAAUUAAACAACGCGAUAACAGAAUAGUCGGAGGAAAUAUAUCGGACAUCUACGAUUUUCCGUGGAUGGCAGCUUUAAAAUAUCGAAAACCCGAUGGAAGUGAUGCUGGAUUUCGAUGUGGGGGUACUUUAAUUUCUAGCAGAUUCGUUCUAACUGCUGCUCAAUGUUUGAAUAUUCGAGGAUACGAUCUGGCGGAAGUGCGUCUCGGUGAGUGGCAAAUAUCAUCUUCUGCAGACUGUGUCCCGGACACCGAAUCCGCAAUGGUGUGUGCUGAUCCAGUAAUCGACUUGAAAAUUGUCUCUCAAAUACCGCACCCGUUUUUCAGUCUGAGAAGUGGAAAUAAUGACAUUGCUCUUCUGAAGUUAGAGAAAAAAGUGAAGUUCACAGAUUUCAUUCGACCCAUAUGUUUACCGCCCCCAGAACUUCCAAUACCUAAAGAGGGCGCAAUGAUGGAUAUUGCCGGUUGGGGAAUUACAGAGAAUGGUAAACAAUCCGAUUACAAAUUGAAAGUUCAGGUGCCGGUUUUGGCCAACGAAAAAUGUAAGAAGAUUUAUACCGAUUAUACACAUAUUAACCCAAAUCAAGCGUGCGCUGGAGGCGAACUUGGAAGGGACGCUUGUGAUGGGGACUCGGGGGGGCCCUUAAUGACAAUAUUUGAAAAGAAGGAUCUCUUUGAUGAAGACCAAUGGUAUCAAGAAGGAAUAAUAUAUAGAGGGCUUGGUUGCGGUCGAAGAGGUGUACCUAGCUUGUAUACACGAAUAUCACGAUAUUCCAAAUGGAUAGUAAAUACAAUUCACUCCAAUAUGUGAUGACGUGUAAAUGUGUAAAUUACUGUGUGAUGAUAUUUCCUGUAGUUUAAUAAUAAGCUAUUCGUAUUGUGCCAUAUUCCACAAGUUGUGAUCAAAUAUGAACAAAAAAACCCACAUACUUGGUUGUAUUAAAAAAAAAGGAGGUACCUAGUAAAAUAUAUAAAGUAUGUUUA